GCUAACAUAAAUAAACAAAAAUACAAUAAAUAAAUAAAACCAAAUAAAUGGAUUUGUAUAUACCCAACAAGCAGCAGUGAUGCAUAAAAUACUUGCAAAAUAAAUUAAAUUGCUGAUGAAAAAAAAGAUGUGAACAAAACAUGACAAGCGGCAGCUGCACGAAAGACGCAUAAAAUACUUGCCUUAAUGAAAUUCUUUUUCAAGUGCAGAAGGCAUGAAAAGAGGCAUGAUGAACCUCAAAUGAAAUGCCUAGAAAAAUACUACAUAACCAAAAAUAAAAACCAUACUGCUCUAAUUACCAGGUGAUUCUGCAUAAACAUCCUAACACAAGUUUCCAUUUGUGAUCACCUUUUGUCUGUAGCCAUGGGUGCACCUUUUGUCUUGAGGAGUUCUUGUUUGACUCUUGUAAUUUUAUGGAUUCUAUGCAUACCUUCAAGAAUAUUUUCUGAGGAACAGGAAAAUCCAGAUUAUGAUCUCGAACCCAUGAAGGAGAGGUACGAAAAGUGGCUGGAAAAUCAUGGCCGAGCAUACAAGGAUAGGGAUGAAUGGGAACGCCGUUUUGGAAUUUACCAAUCAAAUGUGGAGUACAUUGAACAUUUCAAUUCCAAAAACUUGUCAUUCAAACUCGUAGACAACAAAUUUGCAGACAUGACAAAUGAGGAGUUCACAUCCAUCUACUUGGGUCUAGGGACUACUGGUCAUUCAGUUACAGGGAUGAGAUUUGGAUACGAGGAAAGUACGGGUUUGCCGACCAUUGUGGACUGGAGAAAGCAAGGUGCUGUGACUCCAGUCAAGGAUCAAGGCCAAUGUGGAAGUUGUUGGGCUUUCUCUGCAACUGCAGCUGUGGAAGGCCUUACCAAGAUUAAAACGGGCAAAUUGGUGUCCCUAUCAGAACAAGAGCUCAUGGACUGUGAUGUCGAGACUGGCAAUAAAGGUUGCAAUGGUGGAUAUAUGGCAAAUGCAUUUGAAUUCAUUAAAAACAAUGGUGGCAUCACAGCCGAAAGUGCAUACCCUUAUCAAGGAAUAAAUGGCAAUUGUGAUAAAACCAAAGCUGCAAAUCAUAUAGCAACAAUAAGUGGCUAUGUAAACGUAACUUCAAACAAUGAAAACAGCUUACAAGCUGCAGUGGCCAAACAACCUGUAUCAGUAGGAAUUGAUGCUGGUGGCUAUGCAUUUCAGCUCUAUGCUGGAGGGAUCUUCUCGGCCCACUGCGGGGAGGAUCUAAAUCAUGGAGUAAUAAUAGUUGGCUAUGGGGAAAAUAAUGGGCAAAAUAAGUACUGGCUGGUGAAGAACUCAUGGGGCAGUAAUUGGGGUGAAUCAGGUUAUGUGAGGAUGGAACGCGGUUCUACUGAUAAAAGGGGUACUUGUGGCAUUGCCAUGGAAGCCAGCUACCCUGUCAAGGCUUGAACCACCUUAUUGAUGAAAUUUAGCUUUCAUGCACUUGAAUGAUGAAAUUUGGCUUAAAUUCCUUAGGAUAAUUAUUUUUAUGUCUUAAGUAUGAAUAAGUUGGGUCCACCAACAACAAACUAGAUGUCUCUCUUGGCAUCAACUACGAAUGAACUAGAUGUUGCUGACUCAAGUUAUAUGGGUUUGCAGUUACUGAUUACUCAAUAUUGGCAAGUAGUACUGGUAUUCAUGUACAA